AUGAAAGACAUAAAUGUCAGCAACUUCUGGUUUGUUGAGCCAGGAGGGGCAAGUGGCAUAGCUGGUGAAUUAGCUUUGAUAUGUAAAUCUAAUCUAAAAGUAGAAGUUAUUGACUUCUCUCUUAACCAUAUCAAUGUUAUAGUCAGCCCUACCAAUAACCCACCCAGCUAUUAUGGUAGCCCCUAUGCGUUCACAAAAAAAGCUGAAUCAUGGAAAAUGAUUGAGAAUACAACCUCAACUAAUCAGUUUCCUUGGUUGAUUAUGGGAGACUUCAAUUUCAUCUUGCAUAAUUUAGAGAAAUUUGGCACUCACCCCAUUGACACUUCUGAGGCUAAUUUUGAGCUGGACAUGGUGGACUUAGGGUUCACGGGACGUCCUUUCACUUGGUCCAAAAAAAGAGAUAGGCCUCCUCUAAUUGAGCAAAGGCUUGAUAGAGGGAUUUCUACUGAUGAUUGGAUCCUUCUCUACCCAAACACCACCAUAUCUAAUAUGCUGGAUAUUGGGUCUGAUCACCAUCUUAUCCUUCUUAGCUCCAAUCCUCAUUGGAAAAAUGGUAGCAUACCCUUCAAGUUCUUUGGCCCUUGGCUAGAGCAUGAGGAUUGCAAGAAAAUUAUAGCUGGGUGCUGGAACAAGACUAUAUCUGGAUCCAGUGCUUAUCUCAAUGCCAAAAAUCUUAAGGAUAUAAAACUCCAGAUAAGAUUUUGGAACAAAGAUAUCUAUGGUAACAUCAAGAUACAUGUUGAAGAAUUAAAACAAUAG